GCACGCGCAGUGCGUCACGGGCGGCCGGACAGCGAGCGGUGUGGCGGCGGGGACGUCCACUCGGCCCUGGCUCGGACCCCGGCGUCGGGACCUGCUCUCGGGGCAUGAGUGGAGGACACGGCGCCGAGCCCAGCAGUAUUUCAUAGAGAUUGAUGGAAGCAGAAACCAAAACUCUUCCCCUGGAGAAUGCAUCCAUCCUUUCAGAGGGCUCUCUACAGGAAGGACACCGAUUAUGGAUUGGCAACCUGGACCCCAAAAUCACAGAAUACCACCUCCUCAAGCUCCUCCAGAAGUUUGGUAAGGUGAAGCAGUUUGACUUCCUCUUCCACAAGUCAGGUGCUUUAGAGGGGCAGCCUCGAGGGUACUGUUUCGUUAACUUUGAAACUAAGCAGGAAGCAGAACAAGCCAUCCAGUGUCUCAAUGGCAAGCUGGCACUGUCUAAGAAGCUGGUGGUGCGAUGGGCUCAUGCUCAAGUAAAGAGAUAUGAUCAUAACAAGAAUGAUAAGAUCCUUCCAAUCAGUCUUGAGCCAUCCUCAAGCACUGAGCCUACUCAGUCUAACCUCAGCGUCACUGCAAAGAUAAAAGCCAUUGAAGCAAAGCUAAAAAUGAUGGCAGAAAACCCUGAUGCAGAAUAUCCAGCAGCGCCUGUUUAUUCCUACUUUAAACCGCCAGAUAAAAAAAGGACUACUCCUUAUUCUAGAACAGCCUGGAAGUCUCGAAGAUGAUGGUUGUAAAUUACUGAGGCAGCAGAAGCAAAGUGGUGUCCACACCUGAGCUCCUUCGCCUUUGUACUUUGUAGAUGUAAAUGUACUAUCCAACAGAGCACAAUCACAUGCUAAGAGUUUGGUAACAUUACACUUUCGAUAUUCUUAUGGACGUGUCUUCCCUGAACUAUAUGUGGAAUUGAGCAUCAUCCAGAAUAAAUAGGAUUGUGUCCAAAACUGUGAUUUGAACACUGAGAUGCUCUAGUUUGCUGGUUUGUUUGGAUUUGUAACUCCAGAAACAUACAGUGUGCCAGAGAGCAAGGCAGACAUACGAAACGUUGUUAUCUAAAUCAGGAAACUAGAUUUAUUAACAUCCAUCCAAAAAAUUAGUGUUUUUAUGUCUACACAUCUUUUUAACAUAAAGAAAACAUAAGUACCAGGGUGGAAAGCGAGAGACAGAUUUUAAAUCAUUUUUAGAACUGCUGUUUGAGGAUUUACUAUGGAAAUCUUUCCAGUUGGACUAAAAAUGAGAAUUCUUGGCAAAAAGGAAUUGAUCCCUUGAGCAAAUGUCAUACUAAUGUGCUUGAGAAUUAUGCUUAUUACUUCAAAAUCUCAAUUAGGAAAGCCUAUGUAUCUUAAAAUCGCUUAUGUCAACGAACUGUAGAGUCAAAUUUAGCAUUUUAUACCACAACAGAAAUUCUAUUUGGAAAUUCAGCUUUUAUUCUAUAGUGAUCAUGUUUUCAAAUCUAAAUAAUCCUGCCUUCUAUAAUGCCAAAUGUUGUUAUUAACCUGGAUUUUAAAUGCAUUUAUUGCAUGAGAUUGUUUUUACAGCAUGAGGUUGUUCCAGUUAGAAUUGCAUCAUGGUCAAACUAAGUAGAAAAGAAAAUUUUCUCUAAAAACCUGAAGUGUGCCGUACCGGUUACUCUCAGACGUAGUUUUCUAGCAGUUAUGUCGGGUUUUGUAGAAGCAGCAGCCUGACCUUGUGCAGACUGAGAAAGGCAAUGCAGUGAGCACAGGAAGCCGAGACAGCCACCACCCCAGCACCGAGAUCGGAACUACCUGACAUUUUAUGCAGUUUCAGAAGGCUGCAUGAUUUGGAACCAGCCUUCAUUUGUAUAACAUACUUCUCCCUAGAUAUUUUUGCCUCUUUGACAUUCUGAAUAUAACAAUAUGGAGAUAUGCAUAAGCCAAUGGACUUGGGGGAGGGGACAUUUCCUCAGCACAGUUUUGGUCACUUUGGUACCAGGCUUGACAGACUGUUGGAUUGGGCAGCACUGUUCUUUACUAGGCACAUCAUUUUGUUACUUACUCCAGGUGCCAGUCAUGAUGACAAAAGACUGUCUUGCCACUAUCGUUCCUAGCAGGGAGAAACUUUCCUUAUAGAAACUUCAGUCUUCCUGAAGUUAAGACACUUGAAUCAAAACUUCAGGGAGGUUUCAGAAUCCAGAACUGGGUCAAAGAAAUGUUUCUGCUUUUCCCAAGGUCAGUCUUUUUAGCUGUCUUUAGAUAUAUAAUACCUUCUACAUUUAUUGGCUAUAUGUAUCUAUGAUGCAAGAAACUCUCCUUCCACUUGGGGGGAUAGCGCAGGGAGGUGGACACACUAGCUCCCAUUAUUCUGGUGAAUUCUUGGAGUCUAAGAUUCACCAUUUUAUCCUUAAGUUAGUUCUCCAAGGUUUAUGUGGAGUAGAAAAUGCCAGCAGCCUUCUGCUUUUCAUAGGAACUUAAAAUACUUAUGGUUAUAUAGAGUUGUUUCCUUUAGAAACUAGAACUAUUUAUUUGUAUUUAAACAAUGUCUAUGAUUUGUACCGAUUCUUAUCCCUCCAUGUGAAUAAACAGGAGACAGUGUC